AUGGCUAGCCUCGUCCGCCCCACGCCUGUCCGCCCGCGCGCUGUCGAGUCCUCUGGCGAGGUGGCAAUCGGGGGAGGGGACGAGUUGAAGGAUGCAGACAAGGCAGCGGGAGGCGUGGAGGGGCUGGCAGGAGCGUCGGAGGAAUGCUUGGGACAGUCUGAAGGCGGUCCGGAGGCGGCACAACCUCAGCAACUCGCGCCGCCGCCCACCUCCUCCUCCUCGUCGGCCAACAUCCCCUCACUCGCCGCACCCGUCCCAGCGCACGCCUCGACGCACUCCUCUCCCCGCGCACUUCACACACGUCCAAUCCCCGUCCCGCCCCGCCGCACUCUCUCCGCACCCGCACCCAUCACUCCCUUCCGCCCACGUCCCCUCUCUCGCGCCUCCAAAUCUCCCUCCUUCACUCCCCCCGACUCGGCUCUCGAAGAACUGCUCGAGAUCUUCUCUUCCUCGCCCAGCCUCAGCGCAGGAGGGACGCCCCACCGCGCCAGCUCAGAGAGUGCAAGGACGAUCCUCCUCCCCAGUCGUGCGAGCGGGGUUAGGUCGCGCGGACCUGGAUACGGGAGGGAGAGCGCGGGGCAUGCUCACGGGCACGGGAGGAAGAGGAGUUCGGGAGAAGGACUGGGAGCAGGAACGGUCGGAGGAGCGCAGGGAGGAAGGAGGACGCCGCCGAUCGUUUGGUUCGACGGAGUCGCUUACUCUCCCCCCUCGCGCGCCUUGACCCGCAACCCCUUCAUCCGCCACGCCCAAUCUGCUAUCCCUAUCGUCCACGUCCCGCACGGCGAGUCGCCCGAGUCGGAAGGCUCGGUACUCGCCAUCUGA